GGCUGGUGAUCCAAUCCUAAUCUACUUUGAGUCAUCAUCUGUAUUGAGCAUGCUUAGACAGCCAGUAAAAAUGGGACCCAGUGGACUUUGCGUUGAUGGAAAUCCUGCUGGUUAGUAAAGGGGGAAGAAUAUUUUAGGGUGUUUUGCUUCUGUUUAUCUGUUGUCAUGUCUUAACUCACCCAGGCUUCCUGGACAGUAAAAGCACAAGCUGUACUCGUAUUUUUGCCAACUUGAGCAAGAGCUGCAUGACUGACCCUGCCCUAGAUGCUGCUUCCUACUACCGUGACUUCACUGUGCUAAAGGUAAAUGUCACUGCAGUCUCACCACCUGGGUCUCCCCAGAUGAAAGACAACACAUGCACCAAUGUUGUUUCUGAGGUGAUCUACGAGUUAGAAUAUAGUGGCACAAGUGGGAUUCAGAGUGUUUCUGUUCAGUUCAAAGUGAGCAACAUCUCUGGGAACUCCAGAUCCUCUCUGCAGCAGCACUUCACUGUUCACUUCUGGACCAGGACUCUUUCUCAUAUGUUGCUGAGAAGUGGAAACCCUGGCUAUAUCACUGGAGCACCACUGUUGAUUGCAAACAGUGGUGCCGUGCAACAUAUGAGCAUAUUAAGGAGUGAAAGUGAUGGAAGUUGUUCACAGUUCCUCAGACACAUGGUACAAUUUGGAAGGAAUAUGAGAACAGGCUGCAAAAUCAGCCUAUCCCCAGUACUGGAAGACAGUAACUGUAGUUACAUGCAGCAGAAGUUAUACAAGGCUUUUUGGGGGAUGAACAGAACAGGAGACUUUGCCAUAACCGGCAGUGCUCAUUCAACCCAGGCAGAAGAGUGGAUGACUGUUCUGAUUCAGAACUGCAGUGUGCAGGCUGUGAAUUGCACUUCCUGUUGUAUGGUUCCUGUGACCCUGGAGGUACAGAUACUGUGGACUAAAGUGGGCCUCCUGUCCAACCCACAGGCUCAAAUACUGGGUGCACGGCACUUUUACCAGUGUCACCCCCUCAGGUUUCUAAACAUGAGCACGGUACCUGUGGCAACUGUUGUUACCUUCACUGACAUGACAGAUUGGCCAGAACCUCCACGAGGCCAGCCCCAAAGGCACUGGAAACUCCCAUUUGACAUCUUUUUCCCAUUCAAGAUAGCCCUGAAUGUAGAAAGAAGUUACAGAGGUGAUCUGGCUGGGUAUUUAUUGUUGAUUCUAAUAAUAUAUGGUAUUUUCUGCUUUUGAAAAUAGAUGGAGCCUGUAUUUAAAGUUUAAUUAGUGAAUUAAUAUAUUCAGGAUAUGAUCCAGAUAAUGGACUUUGGUCAUUAGGUUUUUAUACCAUGUCUGUGAUACCUGCUUGCCUUCUGUUCUUGGAUUAAGCCAUGCGGGCAGCUUGUCCUCUCAUGUCCCUGUUGUCUGUAUGUGAACCAUCUGUGAAUGUCACUGCAGUGACAUACUUGAGAAAUGUAGAGAUCCAGGGACAUUGCAUUAAUGAAGGACAAGGAAGAGAAGGUUAAAGCGAUUAGUUCAUGUCCCCAGAAACCAAGAAUGCUCUGUAAACCAAGGAGUAUGGAGAGAGAAGCAAAAUUCAUUUAAAGCAUUUUGAAACUGCUUUCAGUUAGCUCCCUGUUGGAGAAUUUUUCUCCAUGGAACCAACCGAACAUUUAAGAUACAGGAUCUCUCCCGGGGGGUCUGAAUUCUUAUUUUAUGAGUAGGCAUGUGUGCUGGUCACCCCUAACCUGUCUUUGUAAGAUGACAACUGCACCUCUGUGACAUUUUUUUAAUUUUGCUUUUCUGUGUCUUUUCAAAUACAGAUAUUCCAUUCAAAUUUUCAUGGUUUAUUCACUGCUCACGUUAGCAACAGUGUUGCACACAGCAAAGUAAUUGUAAAUGCCACAUAUUCUGAAAUAAGUUGAAUUUUAGUAGUUUGUCAAAACAUCUUCCUUCCUGAUCUUUUUUUUUUCCCCUGGAAGAAAUGGGCCUGAAUAGAGUUUUUUCUAGAUAAGAAACAUUCUCUUGCUCCAGACAGGAACUGAACUGAAAAUGAUAACCACUAAAAUUCUAAUAGCACAUCAGAGAGACUUAGUUCUGAAUAGUUCUGAAGCUAAAACAUUGAAUAUUUUAGGAAGAUUUGUAGGUGUAUUAUGAGACUGAAGAUUACUGCAAUACCUUACCUCUGGCUCAGUCUCUGGGACCAGGAAAUAAGUUUAUUGUUUUUGAAGUUAAAGGUGAUGUUCUAGUCUGCUCUCUACCAUCACACAGGAAAUCUGCUCAAUUGUUCUAGGAAGCUGUUGGAUGGAAGUAUAUUUUUUUUAACCAAAGAUUUUAUUAUUUAUCUUCUUCACAUUAUGGAAAAAUAUGCCCCAUCUGAUGCCAGAUACUCUAGUGGAAUCAGUAAGGGCCAAAAAUGUCUGAGCCUACUUUUAAUAAAAUUUAUUGGUUGCUUUUGUACCUAUUAUACUGCACAUAGCAACUCUGUUGCUCCUCUUCAUUACAAACCUAAAAAACAAUGCAAAAAUAAACUGAAAAAUUUGAAAUUAGUCAGGAUAUCAAAGGAGAUAACAGAAGUAAAACAAAACUACAACCCAUAUAAAAGCUUCUGGGUUAAUGUCACAUUAUCUUUGUUUUUAUGGUUUAUUAGCUGGGAAUGAAUUCCGUGCAAGUGUCUGCAGCUUCCAUUGAUUUCUGUUCUGUGGCAGCCUAACCAAGCUGGUGAGAACAUUCAGAACUGCGUGCAUUCCAGUAUUACAGAGGACUGUACUGGUACACAGUACAGCAACAACCUUUGAUUUUUAGACAGAUGUGGCUUCUCAGCUGUGCCUGUAAUACCUUUGAAAAGCUUUCUCAGAACACAUUUGUAGUGUAUCCCAUAUCCUCUCAUUUCCCUAGUUUGUGAAGUUCAGGAAAUUAAAUUAGAGGUGACAGUGACUGAAUUACAAAUGGUUACUUGGAGGAACUUCCCAAAUGUCACGCGUCAAUGCUAACUGUGUUGGGAUAGGGCUUGAAUGAAAAGGAUCUGGCAUCCUUGUUUUUUUACCUUAUUGAGGUAAUUCACUGAGGUAUAAUCAUAGAGAUACUGCUUACUCUUUGGGCUGCAAAUACAUGAAGUUCUGUAAGAAUGUAUCACCUUAUAUUGUAAUUACAUGCCAUUAAUUACCUAACCUCAAACGUGUCCUAUUUUCUAGCUGGUAUUUGGCUCCUUUCACAUUUUGUCAUAGCAGGAAAAUGAGCUGGAAAGAGCUUUGUCCAUAACCUUAUCCAGAUUGAAUUAAGGCAUAUUCAAAUUCUAGACAUGCGGCAGCAGUGCAUGUGGGUUUAGAAUCUGCAGUUUCCUAUUGCAGUGUAUUUCAUGUCUACUUUGUUGAGUUUUUCCCCCCCCUCCGCCUGAUCUGAAAUAGUCCGUGUUGUAAUUCGGUUAUCAGGCAAUGUUAUGACAAAUGUCACACACAAGGCAGACUUAUAUGUCAGAUGUACAGGAAUUGAGUGUUUGUACUCCAUGUCAAAGGGCAGAGAGAAAAUUCUUAACUCUUCUGCUGCCAGCAUUCUAGCUGGGGCCAUCUUUCCAACAUCUCCCUUUUUUGAGGCAGUAGGUCUAUUUUUACAGUGUCCGAGUGGAGACGAUCUUUACUAAAUAAUUUUUAAAGUCCGUUCCAAACAUACCCCUGGAUUCUUUGGAAUGUGUAGCUGUAGAUUUCAAAGCAGGAGCAAUAGUAGA